CAGUGUUGUGUUGCUUGAUGUGAUGUUAACGCAGCAAAGACAUUUUCCCAAGCGAUGAUUCGACGUUCGCCGGAUAAGAUAAGUAAGAUCGAAUAUCGGAACUAUUGGAAGGGGAAUCUGGAGAGAAAGACACAUAUAGAUUGUCUAAAUGACUUGUACAGUCAGUAGUAAGUAUAGUAGAGAAAAAAAUAUUAAAAUGAAAAAUGUAUCGAGAGACCGAUUAUCACAUUGAGAAUACUAUUAAUGUAUUUGUUAUCACGAAACAAAUGGUACUUACUCAGUGAAACCAUACGGAUAUCAGACACUUUAGAGUGCAACAAAGGAAGAAAAAGUGGAUGACAGUUGUAAAAAUUACAGUGCGUUAUGCAGUGCAGUUACUGCAGUCGAUUUAGAAAAAAUGCUCGAAAUCAAUGGUGAACAAUAUUCAAUAUGGGUUGGAUUAGUUUAUGUUUUCAACCUCAUUGUUGGAACUGGCGCACUUGCACUUCCAGCGGUGUUUGGUCGAGCGGGAUGGCUACUGGGUUUUGUAGUUGUCUUGAUUUUAGCAUUUAUAAGUUUUAUCACUGUGACUUUUGUGAUCGAAAGUAUAGCUUCAGCAAACGCCAUUAAGACAUGGAAAAAUAUUCAGAUGUAUCAAAGAGUAGGUGACAUACAAGAUCUCUCCCACACUGCACCAGAGUCCGAGGCGAUGCAGGCGUUGGAAGAUUCGAGACCGUCAACUUCGGAAGAUUCAGAAGAUACGCCACUAGUACCAAUAGAACGUUCUGAACGUCCGAAUCACUUUUAUAUCAUUCGUGAGAAAAUAGAAAUGGGCGAGAUGGCCUCCUUAUUUUUUUCAAAAUUAGGUGUUAGCUUAUUUUACGUUUGCUUAGCUGUUUACUUAUAUGGGGAUCUCAGUAUUUAUGGUACUGCCAUUGCUAAAUCGGUGACCGACAUCGCUUGCACGUACAUUCCUCAGAAUUUUACGUGCAAUGAAACAAUACCGGACCAAGAGCUCUGUUGGGAAUCACUAACAGUUAAUCGACUAGAUGCAUAUAGGAUAUUUUUAACAGUAUUUAUCAUGAUGCUUGGUCCAUUUGCAUUUUUUAAUGUACAAAAGACUAAGUACUUGCAAGUAUUAACAUCGCUAAUGCGUUGGAUGGCAUUUUCAAUAAUGAUUAUUUACGCAAUCAGCAAAAUCCUGGCCGAGGGUCCACAAGGAACUCCUGUUAAAGCCGAUACUGCUGGGCUGCCUGGACUUUUUGGAGUAUGUGUAUAUUCGUUUAUGUGCCACCAUUCUCUUCCAGCUCUUAUAGCCCCGAUUUCCGACAAAUCUAAACUCAAUAGAUCUAUCAGUUACGAUUUCAUUUUGAUUUCAUUUUUCUACAUACUACUGGCACUCACGGGCGUAUUUGCUUUUGAACAGUUGGAUGACCUCUACACCUUAGACUUUGGCCCUAAGGGCUGCCGAACCGAUGAUAACAUUGUUUUAAUUGUAAUCCAGUACUUUUUGGCUCUCUUUCCUGUGUUCACGCUAAGCACCAGUUUUCCCAUAAUUGCCAUAACCCUGCGAAAUAAUUUACAAUCGCUAUUUUUAAAUGACAGCCAAAGCUCGUACUGUAUAUGUCUGCGCAAAGCAAUUUUUCCCCUUUUAGCGGUUCUACCCCCUUACUUGAUUGCCAUGAGUACGAAAAAUCUGACGGUGCUUGUAAGUAUAACCGGCUCAUUUGCGGGGGCAGGUAUACAAUAUGUGAUACCCACGUUAUUAGUUUAUAAUGCAAGAAAAAGUACAGCCGAAAUUAUAGGCCAAGGGGCAAAGAAUGAAUUAGCAAGUCCAUUCAAAAGCACAGCUUGGCUGGUAUUUAUUAUUCUUUGGGCAUUUGUUUGCAUGAUUUUUGUAUCUACAAACAUCAUUGAAAAACAACAAAGUAUAAGAGGUGGAGAGGUACAUGAAUAUUGGUAAAGUCAUCACUGAAAUCCAUAUAUAACUUUUCAAAUUUUUUAGGAAUUACAAAUUUAACAUGAUUAUGAUCGAAUGUAUAAUUCCCCGCUUGCGAUAAAGACUUGCGAAACAAAAUUGUUAUCCCUGAUAUCUCACAGGUAAAGGAUAUAAUACGUUUGCUGUGAUACAAAGGGAGUACAGGGAGAAUGAGACUAAAAACAAUAAUAAGACUAGUUCCUUUGAAAGUAAGAAAGGGUACAAAUAAGAUUUAUAGUACAUCUAUAGCAACAAGGUCACGUGCCAACUGUUACCAAACGCAUAAAAAUAACGAUACUGAUGUUUGAUUUAUGUCAUACAAUACAUAGAUUUGACAAUGUGAAGAGUAAAACAAUUGACAAUAACGUGCAUUAAUAUGCGGUUCCUAGAGCUGUAGCUACCUACCCUAAAUGGACAUUCUCUGAUCGGCCGAAACCUCUCGCGGGGAAAUGGCAAUAGUUUAUUUUGUGAAUAACGAGUGGUGCGUCAUGGGCUCGGGAUCUGUGGAAGAAAAGAGAUGAUCAAUAAAUAAUAAUAAUGAUGACGCAACCAAUCUCUGAUUCGAACUCGCGCUUUGAAAAAUGGUCCUUGUCCUUGUAGUCGAGACACUCCACCCAACGGCUAUUUCUUCGUAGUAAUAUGAUCCGGAAGCGAUGAUUUUUGCCUCGUCGUUCACGUCUUACACGCUACACGUUAUCUUUUGGACAAAUGGUGCCAAGUGCAACUUUAUCUUCAUGUAAUUUAUAGGAAAAUAAAUUCUUCUGCUCGAAUGCAACAUUAUAGCCGAUGGACAUUUUUUUUUUUUUUUUUUUUGGGACUUUAAAUAGUCGUAACUUUGGGUACACUCAGUUCGCAUCUACUCGAGGGUUGCUCUCUGAUACUCAAAAAUGUUUUAAUCGAUUUUUCAAUCUUAACUUCAAGCCCAACUUUAAAUGUGAAAAGCAAAUAAGAUAAUAUCGUUGUUGUUAUCUAAAAAAAAUCGUGUGUUAUUAUGUUA